AUGAGUCGGAAAGCUCUCGAAAAUGUACAAGCUCGUGCAGAUCGGUCAAAUAAAAGAUCUAGAAAUGACCUUGCAGGAAGAGAUAAAACCGAACAUGAAAUCCCUGGAGAUGAAAUCUCAUAUGGAUUUGAGUAUGAAAGUAAGGAAGUUGACCCUGACUUCCCGGUCAAAAAGUCUCAUGAUAAAUAUUUUGACGAUAACCAAGAGAUUCAGUAUACUGACAAGGAAAUUCAAGAAUUCAAAUCUCUUAAAAACAUCUUCGUCAACAGGAAGCAAUUUAUACGCCUUGCUAAGAUAAAUAGCCCUGCUUAUAAAAUAAUGCAGAAGGAAAUGGAGAGAGAAGCGAUGAAGAACUCUAAAUCGAAAUUUCGCAAGCAGAAUACUCAUGGGACUCACAAAGAUUCCUCCAUACAGAAACCUAUGGAUCAUAGUACAAAUAAUGGAGAAAAUAUAUCAGUAGAGGAAGAGGAUAGUGAUGAAGAGAUUGACCCAAGGAGGUUCAAAGCUCAUGGAAAGACUUUCACUUUUUGAAGAACGUCCCUAAACUGCCUCGAUAACAAAAAUCCUGUCAGAAAGUUCUGUGUGUGGAUCAACUGAUGGGGCUGGUUUGAUUUCUUUAUCAUUGCCUGAAUAGUUAUCAAUUCAUUGCUUCUUGGAAUAAUGGAUUAUACAGAUACGGAGAAUAAAUCUUGGAGAAACCAAAUUGUUGAGUACACAGAACCCUUCUUUACAGUUGUAUUCACAUCGGAGUGUAUUAUCCGUAUCACAGGGACAGGAUUGAUAAUAGGGCAAGGAACCUACCUCUCAGAUCCUUGGAAUUGGAUGGACUUCCUUGUUGUUAUAAGUGGAUUACUUUCUUCUUUCCCACAAAUGGCUAACGUCAGCGGAUUGAGAACAUUCAGACUUUUCAAGCCACUAAAAUCUUUAACGAAUUUGGAAAAUAUCAAGAUCCUGAUCCAGACUCUACUUGCAUCAGUGUCUCAGUUGGGUGGUGUUCUUAGUCUAGCUCUCUUCUUUUUCUUAAUUUUUGCUAUACUUGGGGUAAAUCUCUUCACAGGACUUACUCAUUACAGAUGAAGAGAGACUAAAUACCCAGUAAAUGGUGACUGGAUAGCUAUUGCAAAUGACACUAGAAUUUGAGGAGAAAGAAAAUGCCCUAUCGGAACAUGCGGAUCUCUAGUCGAAGCUACUGAUAAAUUUGGUAAUGUCAGCGUUUCCAACAUUUACAGAGACUCUGAUAUCAAAGAACUAAAUUAUGGCCUCACAAAUUUUGAUAAUAUUUUUAAUGCUUUUCUGACUAUCUUCCAGUGCAUCACACUUGAAGGAUGGACAGACAUCAUGUAUAUGAUGCAAGAUGCCUACACCAUGUAUAUUACAAGUAUAUAUUUUGUGCUCGCUGUAGUAGUUUGAGCAUUCUUUCUGAUCAACCUGACCAUUGCCAUCAUGCUUAAAAAUUAUGAUGAACUAGAUAAAAAUGUGAAGAACACAACUCAUCAGGCUUCACUUAUCGAAAUAGGGAUGAAAACAAAGCUUCCUAGCAAGCUAAUCUAUUUCAUUGUUAGAGAGGAGAAUCUUAUUGUCAGUAAGAAAGCUAACAGGCUUCUCAAGGACCAAGGUGAGAGUCAGAGCCUCAAGAAUCGAAUUCUCACUAGUUUUAUCUACACAGAGAUAAAAAUUCCGGAUGAUAACUAUUACAAGUGGAAAAUUACCAGAAUGUUUUACUUCAUUGUGACUAUUCCUUUCUUCGGAACCUUUAUCCUGUUUUGUAUCUUAUUUAAUACUAUAUUCUUGUCAUUAGAAAGAUACCCUAUGCCUCAGAGCGAGAAAGAUGCGUAUAAUUCAGCUAACUACUUCUUUUCAGCUAUCUUUGCCAUUGAAGUAGUCCUCAAGAUCAUUGGGCAAUCACCAAAGAAGUUCAUUCAGGAUUAUUUCAACAUUUUUGAUUCAGUCAUAGUAUUGGUUUCCAUCCUUGAAGUCUUUGUCAGUAGUGGUAGCGGAGGUGGAGUCAGUGCCCUUCGAGCAUUCAGGCUCUUCAGAAUCUUCAAACUCUUCAGAACGGGAAAUUUAAGAGUACUUUUGGACUCUAUUGCAUAUACAAUGGGAACCAUUGGAAAUUACGUUAUUCUGCUGGGCCUGUUCAUAUACGUAUACUCGCUCCUUGGGAUGCAAUUCUUUGCUGGAAAGCUAACCUUUGAUGCUAAUGGUUACUAUGACCCUAACGGAGAAGUGGCUAGAGCAAACUUCGAUACUAUCUACUGGGCUGCAAUUACAGUCUUUGAGGUAUUAAUAGGAGACAACUGGAAUGAAGUAAUGUUUGAUUGUAUAAAAGCCAGCGGAAAAAUCAGCUCAGCCUACUUCAUAUCCUUAAUUCUCUUCGGUACAAUUAUCAUGCUGAAUCUCUUUCUCGCGAUCUUGUUGGGAAACUUUGAUAAGGCCCGAACAUUCUGGCUCAAGAAGAGUAUUUUCGAGAUGUUCGAAACAGCCAUCGAAAGAUACUCACUAAACAAAGCCAUCAGCAUAAUCCUUGGAGAAGUAAACAAAUCAGUCAAGGAAGAACUACUCGUUCACCACGAAAAAGACAUAUUCAAGCUCAACGGGCGUCUCAUGAUUAUCAACCGGAAAAUGAUGGAGAACGACCCUGAAGAAGCCGAUAAACUUAUAUACUAUGACCGAGUUGCCGUCUACGAAACUGAUUACAAGCCAAUACUCGAAGCUUACUCAGACGAAGACAAAGAAGAAAGCGAAGAUAGACAAGAGUCCUAUAAUUUCCAUCGGUCUAAAAAGUCAGGCAACGAUGAUGAAGACGACCUUGAAAGAAUAGAUGAAGAAGAAGAACAUAAAGACAACCUUAAUGAGUCAAAGGAGGAGUUAGUUCCAGAAAAGAAAGUUUCACAGACUGUAAUUGUCAAAUAUCCAAAUGAAGAAUUCACCAUGAAAGUACAUUCUCCGAUUGAAGAAAAUGCUCUUGAAGAGUCCUUCCAAAUGGCAGGCUCAGGGAAUAUCCCAAUCAAAGAAGAAGAUGAAUUGAAAUAUGUAAGUCUGGAGACGCCAAGGGAAAAGAUAGAUGAUCUAGAAGAGAACUCUAGAGAAGAAUCAAAACUUCUAUCUAAAAAGAAGAUUAAAAAGUCAGUAACAUUUGAUCUCAGAGAUCCUCAAGUUCAUGAAGAAUCUCUUGAGCAUAGUUUCUCUAGUAAGGAUGAUGGCGUCCCUGAAGAAUUUAAUGAAAAGACUGAUAAGGAAAGAUAUAAAGCGGAGGAUAAUAUUCUUGUAUCUAAAAACGAAAUGCCUUUCUGGAAGAAGAUCCUCAAUCACAUGAGAAUGUCCUCUCUCUUCAUCUUUCAUAAAGACUGGAAAAUCAGGAAAGUCUGUAUAGAUUUAGUUGUAUCUCCAGAGAAUGUACUGGAAUAUGAUAACAAGAAGAAAGAAGAUGCUAUGUUUAAUUCAAAUAAGGAUAAAAAAGGUGAUUUUUACAAGACCUUCGAAUUACAAAACACUUUCAAAAAUCAGAAUUCUUUUAAUAAACAACAAUCAAUUAGAAAUCAAAUUGACCAGGACAGUAGAUCUUUCAAGAAGUCAAGGUCAGGGUUUUACACAAAUGAUGAAAUCUACCAAAAUAAUAAUUUGGCUAAAACAGAUGCAAAAGAGAUAGCAGAGGAAAGCAAGAAGAAAAAAUGCUGCAGAUUCAACUCUCAUCCUUCAAAAUAUUUUGAUUAUGUAAUAAUAGUCCUGAUCCUUAUUAGUAGUCUGCUACUUAUAGCUGACAAUCCUUUGAACGACCCUCAAUCAAAAUGGUCCAACAUUUUAGGAAUAAUCGACAUGUUAUUUUCACUUCUAUUCUUUUGUGAAGCAGUUAUCAAAAUCAUAGGGCUUGGUUUCAUCCAUACAAGUAUAAAAGGAAAGCCCUAUAUCACGAAUGGCUGGAACAUCCUAGAUUUCAUAGUGGUCUCUGCCUCCAUUCUAGAUUUAUUUGUAUACAUUCAGGAUACAGAUUCUGUAGAUACAGAACAAUUAAAGUCUCUAAAAGCUCUGAGAGCACUCAGAGCCCUCAGACCCCUUAGAAUGAUCUCUAGAAAUGAAGGUAUGAGACUAGUCGUAAAUGCCUUAUUCGCAUCUAUCCCAUCAAUGACCAAUGUGCUGGUAGUUUGCUUGUUAUUCAUUUUGAUCUUUGCAAGUACCGGAAUUUCUUUAUUUGCUGGAAAGUUCUAUCAUUGCACUUUCAAGACAUACAGUAGCACUAACACAAGUUUUGUGAACGUAGAGCAAAUUGAUGGCCAAGAAGAUUGCCUCAAAUUCGGUGGAAAAUGGGAAAACCAUGAUAGCAACUUUGAUAAUAUAUUCACGGCAAGUCUCACACUGUUUGAGAUGAUGACUACAGAAGGCUGGCUCGAUGUGAUGUACAACGGAAUAGAUGCUAGGGGCAUCGGCAAGGAGCCCAAAAAGAACACUAAUGUUAUUCUUUCUCUUUUCUUCAUUGCAUUCAUGGUAGUUGGAAGUAUGCUCAUUUUCAACCUCUUCGUUGGAGUUGUCAUUGAUAAUUUCAAUAAGAUCAAGACUAAUGAAGAACUUGGAAAUAUGUUCGUAACUGAAUCUCAGAAAAAGUGGAUUGAAAUCCAAAGGAUCAUUAUGAGAAAGAAGUUAAAAUUACAAGAGCAAAAGCCUACAAAAGGAUUUCGACUCAAAUGUCUCAACUUUGCUCAAAGUAAAGGAUUUGAGUGGUUCAUCACCUGCUGUAUUUUAGUAAACACACUUAUAAUGUCUUUGAAAUAUUCCAGAAUGGAUGAGACUUAUGAAAAAGUUUUAGAGUAUUUUAAUUAUUGAUUUGCAGUAAUCUUUAACUUUGAAGCUAUAGUCAAGAUUAUUGGUUAUGGAAAAUCAUACUUCUACUAUUCAUGGAAUAAAUUUGAUGUCUCUAUAGUGGUUGGUACAGAUGUUGGUCUCCUGAUGAACGUUAUUAACACUGGAAUCAAUAUCUCAACUGUAGCAACGGUAGUGAGAGCUUUCAGGAUUAUGAGAAUCUUCAGACUAGUCAAGAGUUCCCAAAAUAUGGCUAUUAUCCUUGACACUAUUGGGUAUAUCAUGCCGCAGGUUACUAAUAUCAUGUCACUAGUAUUCCUACUGUUGUUUAUCUAUGCAGUCUUGGGUCUUAACUUAUUUGCAACGGUAAUGUACCAGGACUACUACAAUGAAAGAGCCAAUUUCCGUACUCUAUUUGCCUCAAUCCUGCUUCUUUUAAGGUGACUUACUGGAGAAAAUUGGAAUUUGAUCAUGAAGGAACUUGCACUCAAAGGUGAAUAUAAUGGAGUAGAAUGCAAAGAUAACCAAACUUAUUUAGAAAGACAAGAAGAAGGAGUUCUUGGUUGUGGAAAUGAAAUUUCAUAUAUUUAUUUCAUUACUUAUAUGAUUCUCCUUAGUAUGGUCAUCAUGAACCUCUCGGUAGCUGCAGUAAUUGAAGGUCUUGCAGAAGCCAGCAAGGAAAAUACAGGGUAUGUCAGUGGGGAACAGAUAGAAUUUCUUAUUGAGAAAUGGAAAGACUAUGAUGUAAAUGCUUCUGGACUAAUUUCUUACCAAGACUUUCUGUUCUUGCUCUACGAAGUGCCUCCUCCCCUAGGUCUAGGAAAAUUCACAACCUACUAUUCUGAUAAUCAAAACGAUAACGAAAUUGGUGAUGCUCCAGUCAACGAUGAAAUAAAGGAUAACCAUAAAAAUACUAACAAUCUUGGUCUUCAAGAUCGCUACAUGAUCCAUCCUGCAAAGAAGAUUUAUAUAAAAUAAAUCUGAUGCUAUCAAGAUCUUUAAUGACUACGCAAUCCCAAUUUAUGAUGAAAAUGUCCACUUCAAAGAUGUGGCAAAGGCCUUAGUCGAGAAGAUUUUCAAAAAGAACAAACUAGCCUAUGAUCUGACUGAAAAGAUCAAGAAAAGGUUGAACAAGCAAUGGGAAGGAAAAUAUAACAACCUCAAGCGGUUCAAGCCAGUUGAAUCGAUGGAUACAGGCACUAUAGAGGCUGGCAAGGCCAUUCUUAAGUUCUACCGUCGGACUAAAGGAAAUCAAGAAAACACUGGUUUGAAAAAAGGAAAAUCGUUGACCAACAAAGCAAAUAAUCUUUCCAUGCAAAUGGGUAAGAAGAAUAGCCGUGCAACCACAAAAGGCAAGAAAGAGGAAGAAAAGACAAACGGCAAUAAAGCUAAGGCUGAAGAAUUCAAACUUGAAGAUAUCUCCACCUUCCUUGAGAAGGGUGAAAAUGAAGAGAUUAAGAACGAUCCUCAUUUUAAUGUCUACCGUGAAAUGAUGAACGAAAAGCAUAUUGCAUACAACAGAAAUUUGAUAAUCCAAAACAAAGAACUAGCUGACAACCAAUUCACUUGGUUCAGAGACCCCAAUUUCAAGAUCGAAGAUUCCUCUAGUGAAGAAAUAGAAACUCCUGUGAGAAGACGAAAGGCGAGAAAAUUUGAGACAGGAAAAUUUGCAAUGCCAAAUACCCCAAUACUCAGGAAACGUUCGCAUGGAAAACUGAUGUUCCCUUCCCUUUCAGAUAAAGUAGGGGGUCUCAAUCCUCUUCGACUAGAGUCUGGUAAAGAGUUCAAAAAUCAUGGAAUCCCACUUAUGGAAACUCAAUUGAAAAGUCCUAAAAAUUCGUUGUUGCUUCUCAGAAGACAUAAAGUAAUGGAAGAGGAUGAAAAUGAAUAAUUUCAAUAAUUAUUAAGAUAUUUGGAUUUUUGGUAUCACUGGUUUCAUCCGAAUUUAGGUUU